GUGGUCAAUGCUGAAUUGUCUGGUUCUGCGGCUUUAGAGGGUCUCCCCACUGCCCCCCAAAAAUCAAAGAACCAAGGUCCUGGCUACUGAGGCAGACCAUGGAAAGAAAUAGCAUCAUUGACUUCAAGGCUUUGGAGAAAGAGUUGCAAGAUGCAAUUGCUGCUGAUGAGAAGUACAAACGGGAGAAUGCUGCCAAGUUUCGGGCAGUGGAACAGAAAGUGGCUUCCUAUGAGGAGUUCAGGGGCAUUGUCCUUGCAUCACAUCUGAAGCCACUGGAGAAGAAGGACAAGAUAGGAAAGAUGACUGUGCCCUGGAACUGUCACACUGCUCCGGGGUGGACCUCCCAGGAUGACGCCACUGAAAUCCCCCAGGAGAAGGAAUUCCUUCAGCCCGAGACCUCAGCAGAGUUCUACCGCUAUUGGCGGCGUCAUUUGCAAAGAGGACCAGAACGCUACCAGGCCCUGAUACAACUCGGAGCUUCAAAGCUGGCUCGCAUCUUCCAGACUGACAUUGGGUUUGGCCUUCUAGGAGAGCUGCUGGUGUCUCUGGCUGAUAAUGUGAGGCUAUCCGAUCGGUUGGUGGUGCUGGCAAUCCUGCAAAGCCUGGCCAGCACUGGGCGCUUCACCUUGAACCUGAGUCUGCUGAGUCCUGCAGAGAGAGAGGGCUGUAGAGGAUUGUUUCAGAAGCUUCAGGCCAUGAGUGCUUCCAGCCUGGAGGAGUGCAGUCUAGAGGAGCACCCUGGUGGGCUUCGGGAGGAAGAGAGGCUCCUGCAAAACUUGCUAGGGCUAUAUCAGGUGGAGUGAUUGACAUGGCCAAAUGCCUCCAAGGGCCCCACUAGUUGUAGGAGGCACUUUUUGGUUGUUGUCUUGAGAGUCUCUGCAGGAAUGUGAUGAGAAACCUACUCCUAAUUUUUCACCUGGAAUUUUCAAAACAAAAGCUGAAUUUUUAAAAUUCUCCAGUUACCAGUGACUUGAUACUCUGUGUGUAGAUCCACAGGUUUAUCAAGAACCCAAGAAAUUGAAAGAGUUCUGCUUUUCUGCCAAACCUCUGGCCCACAAUCCUGAAAGAUAGGUUUGUGCCCAGCUAAAAACGAACUAUUCCAAUCAAUAUAUAUAUUACAUAUAUAUAUACAUUAUAUAUACAUACAUAUACAUCCAGAUCACUGUAGUUCUUAAUAAGUAUAUUUGUAAUCUCAAACUAAUUCGUCGACAUGUCAUUGACAGAUGAUCAGAUGAGAUGUAGUGUUUUUUUUCUAGGGUGUGGUCACUUUAUAGGUUGUGUCUAGGAAAGCCCCAAGCCAUCAGCUCCAUUCUAGUCAGCCCUGUAGGCUUCUUCAGUCAGUCAGAUGUGCAGGCAACAGAUUUCCUUCCUUUCCCAAACUAACUAGAGGGAUGAUCUCUCCACCAGGCAGGCAAGAGUGGGACUAAAGGAGAGAGGCAGCCAUCCCCCUGUCCUAGAACCUGGGCCCCUGCUUCUCAUUCCAGGAUGAGUGUUAGUGUUCUAGAAAGGGAAUAGAGGGCUGGGUUCUAGAAUGGUUUUCUUUCUAGAGCACAUCUGGAACAUUAGAAAGGAAUCUUAUAUACCAGCUGAAUAAAUUGCCUUGCCUUGGGCUGCUGCAAA